AUGAACAGAUACUUACUAGAUUUGGCUCGUGUAUCUGCACGUCAUUAUAGCUUAAAGCCACCAGGCCGCAAGAAUUGGCCACGUCCAAUGAUGUUAGGGCCACAAACAUCUAAACAUCCCAAGUUCCCGGGAUGGUCACUUUACUAUCUACCGGUGACCGAUAACAAGUACCUGUGGUUUAUAAUUAUGUCACUUUUUCACUUCACUGGAUUUACGAUACCUAUACUUGGCGUCUGCAAGAUGCUCAAAACGAUGAAUCAGUAG